GGCAAUAUAUCUUUUUAUUUUUGAGGAAAAUGGUGUUCAAGUACUGAAGUGUUGGUGUUCGCAUAGUCCUUCCCGUUCCUCCUCCUCUUAAAACCCUCCAACCACCUCUAGUCGGCGGCGCCUCUGCCAAAUACCUCUAGUCGGUGGUGCUCUCCUUCUCAGCCUGCUGCUAUUAACGUUUUCCGGGUCAAGUGAAGAAUGGGUAAAGCUUCAAGAGACAAGAGGGUAGCUGCUUUAAUCUUCCAGGAUAUUUACUACAGAAAGGCAAAAGAAGAAGGAUGGCGAGCUCGAAGUGCCUUUAAGCUCCUUCAAAUUGAUGAGGAAUUCAAUAUUUUUGAAGGGGUGAAGAGGGUAGUGGAUCUUUGUGCAGCACCUGGUAGCUGGAGUCAGGUUUUGAGUCGGAAGUUGUAUCUCCCAGCGAAGCUUUCACCUGAUUCUAGGGAUACUGACCCUCCUCUUAUAGUUGCUGUUGAUUUGCAACCCAUGGCUCCAAUAGAUGGAGUGAUUCAAGUACAAGGUGACAUAACGAAUGCAAGAACGGCGGAAGUGGUCAUUCGACAUUUUGAUGGAUGUAAGGCUGACUUGGUUGUUUGCGAUGGUGCACCUGAUGUUACUGGACUUCAUGACAUGGAUGAGUUUGUUCAAUCUCAGUUGAUACUGGCGGGUUUGACAAUUGUUACUCACAUAUUGAGGAAGGGAGGGAAAUUUAUUGCAAAGAUAUUCCGUGGCAAAGACACUAGCCUCCUUUAUUGCCAGCUGAAACUAUUUUUCCCAAAAGUGACAUUUGCAAAACCAAAAAGCAGCCGUAAUUCUAGUAUUGAGGCAUUUGCAGUUUGCGAGGAUUACUCUCCUCCUGAAGGGUUCAGCGAGAAGGAUUUAUAUCGUCUUCUGAAGGAGAUCGGGAGCCCCUCUGGAGCGGAUAAUCUAGAUUGCGGCAGUGCAUGGUUGGAAGGGCCAAAUAAGGUAUAUAUUCCAUUUUUGGCUUGUGGAGAUCUUUGUGGAUAUGACUCGGAUCGGUCAUACCCGUUGCCUCAAGUUGCUGACGGGACGACUUACAAGAGCUUGGAUCCGAUACAACCUCCAAUUGCUCCACCUUAUAAAAGGGCUUUAGAGCUCAAGAAAGCUGCUAAUCAAAGCGUCCGAGAACUUGAAGAUCUCUCCCUUGAUUCUUCUUAGUGGAAAAACACAAAUGCAUUUUUGUUAACUUUUUGGUUUGAGUUUCAAUUUCAAUUUCUUCAAUAGUUGCAACCAGUAAUGUUUAGUUUAUUGGCCAUCUUGGCUUCUUGAUCGGAUUGUUGUAUGUUAUUCAACUGUAAACUUCGAAAUUUUGUUUCCCCUAUUAUACAAUGAGAUACCGUUAGAUACA